CCUGGCGUCACCAGGACAACGGGCGUUGCCGGCGCCGUGUGACUGACUGGCUGGCUGGCUGGCUCGGGCUGGGCGCGCUCGUCGGCCAUGGUUUUUUCAAAUAAUGAUGAAGGCCUUAUUAACAAAAAGUUACCAAAAGAACUUCUCUUAAGAAUAUUUUCCUUUUUGGAUAUAGUAACUUUGUGCCGAUGUGCACAGAUUUCCAAGGCUUGGAACGUCUUAGCUCUGGAUGGAAGCAACUGGCAAAGAAUAGACCUUUUUAACUUUCAAACAGAUGUGGAGGGUCGAGUGGUAGAAAACAUCUCAAAGCGAUGUGGUGGAUUCCUCAGGAAACUCAGCUUGAGAGGCUGCAUUGGUGUUGGAGAUUCCUCCUUGAAGACAUUUGCGCAGAACUGUCGCAACAUUGAACAUCUGAAUCUCAACGGGUGCACAAAAAUCACAGACAGCACAUGUUAUAGCCUUAGCAGAUUCUGUUCCAAGCUGAAACAUCUGGAUCUGACCUCCUGUGUUUCCAUCACAAACAGCUCCUUAAAAGGGAUCAGUGAAGGCUGCCGGAACUUGGAGUACCUCAACCUUUCGUGGUGCGAUCAGAUCACAAAGGACGGCAUUGAGGCCCUCGUGCGAGGCUGUCGAGGCCUUAAAGCCCUGCUCCUCCGGGGCUGCACGCAGUUAGAAGAUGAAGCUCUGAAACACAUUCAGAACUACUGCCAUGAACUUGUGAGCCUCAAUCUCCAAUCCUGCUCUCGCGUCACGGAUGAAGGCGUGGUGCAGAUAUGCAGGGGCUGCCACCAGCUGCAAGCCCUCUGUCUUUCCGGCUGCAGCAACCUCACAGAUGCCUCGCUCACAGCCCUGGCUCUGAACUGCCCGAGACUUCAGAUCCUGGAGGCCGCACGCUGCUCCCACCUGACGGACUCGGGCUUUACCCUGUUAGCUCGGAACUGCCACGACCUAGAGAAGAUGGAUCUAGAAGAAUGCGUCCUGAUCACAGACAGCACACUCAUCCAGCUCUCCAUCCAUUGUCCGAAACUGCAAGCCUUGAGUCUGUCCCACUGUGAGCUCAUCACCGAUGAUGGCAUCCUGCACCUGAGCAACAGCACCUGCGGCCACGAGCGUCUGCGUGUCCUGGAGCUGGACAACUGCCUGCUCAUCACAGAUGUGGCGCUGGAGCACUUGGAGAACUGCCGGGGCUUGGAGCGCCUCGAGCUCUACGACUGCCAGCAGGUCACCCGGGCUGGCAUCAAGCGCAUGCGGGCUCAGCUUCCUCAUAUCAAAGUUCAUGCCUACUUUGCUCCUGUCACCCCACCGACAACUGUGGGAGGAAGUGGACAGCGACUGUGCAGAUGCUGUGUCAUUCUCUGACAGCAGCUGUGGGGCCCAUGGCAUGAGGACUUGGCCCUUUCUGCAGAGAAGAUCAUGCAGUGGGUAUGUCUGACUCACUCCAUCGCCACCCAGAAUCUCAAUUCUCCAUUGAGAAGGGCAUUUUCAGGUAAAGCACUUCUGUAAAGAUUGCUGGGACUCUGGUGAUAGCCUUCACCUUUAUUCUACGGUGAUGCAACAGAUCCAAGCCCUGUUGUACCAGCGAACAUCGGCAAGAGCUCAGAUCAAGCAACCUGGAUCUCUAAGAGGUGGGUGCCAGUUUAAGGUACAACUAUCCUGCCCUUGACUCUAUCAGCAUUCUUCAAACAGACCAUCAGUGUUAGCACAAAUUAAGCAGGAAAAGAAAAGCUGUUGGUUUCCUACCUAAUACUUAAGCCGGUGGCCUACUUUAACUCACAAUGAUUCCAUUUUGAUGAGCAGGAUUUUUCCACUCUGAAGAUUAAACAGCAACUAUACUGCAAAUUGUUAUUGCUGGAUCGUUUCAUAUGUAGAAACUCCAGUGGAAGGUGAGUUAACAGGGUUCAUGAGACACCAAAGAAAUGAGGACACUGAGCAGGGUCUGCAGCAGUUCUGUCAAUUGCAACGUGAAUACCUUGAGGCCAAAAACCACACAAAAGUCACUCUGUAUUGCUUAGUAGGGGGAAAAGCUCUACAGAGUUUUCGUUACAAAAAAACCUGUCAUACCACAAAAUUUGGGGAAAAUGAGGGCCUGAGUUAUGGAUAGUAAUAUGAUCAAUUAAAGUCAUGAAUGGAUGCAUGUAGAA